UUGGCGGCGAUGGAGAGCCACAGGAGCACAGAAAAUAGUGACGAUCCACGAGCUGGAGCCGUGGAACUAGCACGAACGGAGAAACUGUAUGAUUUGGAAAGACUACUUACCUUUGGCGAUGUACCAUUUAUUAUAAAACGAGUGGAGCCAGAAGAUUUUACUGUUAGUUACUCUGAAGUUGUGAGCAAUAUAAAAAUGCUACUAUUGACAUUACGGAAUCAAGUCCCAAGCGGUACUGGAAUAGCAUUUCGGAUUUCACACCAUACACCAUCAUCGUGCAUUUUAAUCUUAGCCAUUCUCAAUCACAAGUGCCACUUCUUUGCAACGGACAAGAUGAUACUCUCCAAGAAAUUGAAAGUACAACUAUGCCGCGCUGGAAUUGACUUUCUGAUUGUCUGUGGUCACAUGAUAAUGGGAUCCGAAUACUUUGAGCUCAAGGACACCUUUCUGAUAUUAAAUGAGGAAUACAAGUUGUUUAAGCUUAAACGCGGUGACGCCGAGGAUCAAAAUUUAAUCUCACUGCCGGCAAACAUGUGUUACACUAUUACAACAACAGGCACCACCAAUGAGCCAAAGCUGAUACACGUACCCUACGACUGCAUUGCACCUAAUAUAUUGGCGCUCAGUAAAAAGCUGAACGUGUCUAUGGCUGACAUAAUUUAUCUGGGCACACCGUGCACUUUUGAUCCCUUUGUUGUGGAGUUUUUCCUGGCUCUGCAGAAUGGGGCCGCUGUUUUUCUCAGUCCCUAUUCAAUGCGUGAAUCGCCAACUCGGCUGCUCGAAGCACUACUUCCUUUAAACGUGACCGCGCCGGGUAUUACUAUUUUGCAGGCAACGCCAUCAUUGUUUCGUAUGUUUGGCGCCGCCGCCAUUCGGGAUCGUAUCCUAAACACCGGCACUACCUUAAGAGUGCUACUUCUAGGUGGAGAACCUUUCCCAUGCUACGAGGAACUCAAAAACUGGAUGGACUCUAAAGUGGUUGCGCAAAAGCUUGUUUGCAAUAUAUAUGGCAUUACGGAGAUUUCCUGCUGGAGCAACUUGCAUAUACUGCAGUCGCUGGAAGCCCGUGUACCUCUAGGCUUGCCCAUUGAUUCUGACACCGUGCUUCGAAUAGUUGACAAGCAAGGACGUGAGCUGCAAGGCGAGUGUUCGGGUGAACUGAUGAUAGGCAGUUCAACUCGGCGUUGUUACAUACCUGAGACUGAUGGGCAAGAUAAAGCAGACUGCAGCACCUGUUGCUUCCGGGCAACUGGGGAUUACGUGCACCGCUAUGAUGAUGGUUCGAUAUGCUAUGAAGAUCGCACAAAUGAUGUGGUUAAGCGUAUAGGCAAACGCAUUAGUUUGGGGUUAAUCAGUCGCAAAAUACAAAAGUACUUAGAUCACCAGGAUUUGGCAGUCUGCUUGUGGCAACAAGAUUUGCAAAAGCUUAUAUGUUGCAUACGCACCGGAGAACUCAAGACAAAACUGCAGCAGCGCGUACAAACCCACAAUAUUCUAUCCAAGCUUAUGGCUUCAGAACAGCCAGAUAGAUUUGUUUAUGUCCAGCAAUUUCCUUGUAAUACACAUGGCAAACUGGAUCGCAAGGCAUUGCUCAAUGAAUGCGUACCACUGAUGCAGCCUGCACAGAAGAUAUUGAAAUCAUUCCUGCACGAUACCCUCAAGUAUAUGGGUCCAACGAAAGGAGGCAAGCACCCAAAGCAUAAGAAACGGGAGCCACCCCAUCUCGGAUAUGAUAUAAGUUUCCGUCAGGCGGGCGGAACUUCAUUUCAUGCCGUUACCUUGUCCCGUGAAAUUGGGCUCCAAAUGUGUGUCGACGAUGAACAGCGUCAUUUGUUUGAACAGCUACUAGACGACUCCGUUAGUAUUCGUGAGGUGCUAUGCUUUUUGGACAAAGUCAAAAUAGUCUCUCACCAUACGAAGCUGAAACCCAUCGAGUCGGAAAGUACUACUGGUAGUAGCUGCUCCAACAAGCUUUCAAUUACACGCAUGGAAUCGUCAGCGUUCAACUUAAAAGUGCAGUGGAAGGUGAACUUCAAAAAAUGUGUGGACUCAGCCGUUGCUCAGUGGGAUGAUCGGUAUAUUUGUGUUGGUGCCCAUUCAAAGCUGCUGUGUACGUUGGAUGCACUCAGUGGUGCAGUAAUUAGCAGCAUUCGAUUGCCCGAUCGCAUUGAAUGCAAGGUGCGUUUUGUUAACGAACAUCUAGCUAUGGUGGGCUGCUAUGAUGGAUAUAUCUAUGGCUUUCAACCGCUGACGGGGGAGUUCUUGUGGAGCGUGGAGAUCGGCGGUAUGAUUAAAGCACAACCACUUCUCACAGCUGAUAAAACCCGCAUAGUGGUGUGUAGCUAUGCCAAUGACUACAAUGUCAUGUGCUUGUCAGCAGAUCGGCAAUGUUUCCUUUGGUGCCUGCGUAUUGGUGAGAAGCCAAUUAUUGCUGCACCUCUGGAGUUGCCCCUUAAGAAAUCCCUAAUAAUUUGCACCCUCGACGGAACCUAUGCCUGUAUUGCUAGCGAAAACGGCAAGGUGCAAUGGAAGGAAAAGUGUAAGGAGCCCUUCUUUGCUACACCAGUGCUGCUCGAGGACUGUCCUAACAUUUUCCUGUGCGCCGAGGUGGCGGGGCGAGUACAUGCCUGCGACACAAACAGUGGAAAAAUUUUGGCUAGCUACUCAGCAGGAGGUAACAUCUUUUCGUCCUUGUUAGUCAAAGCGCCGGCAACACAUUUGGAUCACGCUUUUGUCCUAUUUGGCUGCAUCGACCAAUUUCUGUACUGUCUGGAAUGCAAGACGCACACAAGCGAUCCAGCGGUCGAAUUCGGAUUGCGCUGGAAACUUGAUGUUGGUGCUGCUAUCUAUGGCACGCCCACAUUGCUUACACUGCAGCCGCUCUGCUUUUUGGUCUGCUGCUGCGCCACCGAUGGACGCAUCGUAUUGGCGAAUCUGAGCACAGGUCAAGUUCAGUACUCGGAGAAGUUGCCAGGCCAAAUAUUCAGCACGCCCUGUCAUAUUGAGGGUCAACAGUGGAUUUAUGUUGGUUGCCGUGAUAACUUUUUGUACUGUCUGCGUACAUAGACAUGUUAAUACCAAACUCGAUCGUAAAUAUAUGGACUUCUGAAGUUUUAUACGUCUCUCUUACAUUUCAGGUGUUAUUUAUUUGAAGCAUGUACGAGUAUGUAUGUGUUUUGAAAAUGAAUAACUG